CUUGAAGGUCAAUACUCUGUAAAACUUGUGGGUUUUGCUUUGAUGUUGAAAUAAUGAAAUCACAACUUGAUCCAAGCUGCUAAGAAAUUUCCAAUUCCCCCAAAGAAAACCCUCUUAAGAAGUUUCAAGCUUUUUCUAGUAUCCAUCUUUUCCAUCACCUUAGCCACUAGUAAUUGAAUAAUCCAACACUUAACACCAUGAAUAUGCCAACAACGACCUAUGGAUGAUGGUCUAUUAAUGGCCGAAGGAAUUUAUGGGUCAAGAACACAAUAUUCGUCCCCUCUUUAUCUCAUUCCCUUUUGUUUUUUUUUUAAUGCUUCUGUUGAGUCUACUCUGUACAGAAUAAUUUCAUCUGCAAACAGAGAGAGAGAGAGAGAGAGAGAGAGAGGGAGGUGAAAGGUCAUGAUUGACUGGUAGGAAUCCAAAUCCAAUCUUGACAUAGCGGAUUUUCGCAGAACCCGAUGCUGCACUGGGUACCGUGCCAAAGCCAUGGUAAAUUGACUAAAUUCACUCAUCCAACUUCACUGCUUGCUCCUGUAAACUUCACCAAUGGCAAUGGUGAAUGGAACAGGGAAGGGGAAAAUGCCAAAACAGAAAAAAAGAAAGGGAAAGCCAAGUCAGCAGUAGCACGUGUUCUUCUCCUUUCAUUACGUUGCAUCCUAUCUGUGCGAAGCUCUCACUCCCCAAUUUCAGACACUUGUCUCUCUCUCUCUCUCUCUCUCUCUCUCUCUCUCUCGAUGAAGAGUCCAGAUUAAUGUUUUUGUUGUUCGUAUUUGCCGCUUUCUUCUUGCCAACCGUUUAAUCAUGACGUUGAUACAGACAUAAAUUUCACCCAUUUUCUGAUUUGGUUCUCUGAGCUUUUUCUCUUCCUCCUCCGUACGUGCGUUUGCUUCCAUAUUUUAUCUUUUGCAGAAAAAAAAUGUUCGAGAGAAACCAAUCUCUUAGCUUUGUUCGAUCGUAAACACAGAGAUCCAUCGGGCCGUUUAUUCCAAGACAGAAUCCCAUUUACGGAGAAAUCGAUGUCACUUUGGUUAACUCGAGCUUAUUUUGGUGGAAAUCUCGGACACCCUAUUUCCUAUUUUGGCUAAAAACCGAGUUACUAAUGCUUAUUUUGGCGGAUUUGAGAGCAACUGCGAUUCAUCUUAUUUCAGCCCUUGAGCGGUUCUGGUGAUCUUUUGUCUUUUGUUUUUCUCCUUUUUCUUUGAUUCUUCUGGAUUGGAAAUGAAUGAGCAUGGAGACCAACAUAUUACCUACGAAAUUGCGGUGGUGGUCCCCAAAAGAAUUGUGAAGGAAGAAGAUAAUUCAUGUGAUUGUGUUGAUGUUCUUGUAGACGAAUUCAGGAAAGAGGGUUUAAUAGUUGAUAGGGUUCUUGGCCUCGCAGAUCAUGAGUUUAUCAAGCUGGCGGCGUCUUCGGAGACCUUGGGCAGGGCUGCAGCUGAGCUGCAAAUGAGGAAACCUACUCAUAUUGGAGUAGAUCUACAGUUUGAGUGGGAAGAGACUGAAGCUUUUGUUCGACAGCCUGACGGCUCCUUGUUUAGCUGGUGGGAGCGUCUUCAAUGCUAUAAACAUCUAAUUUAUGGGGCUGUAAACAAGCAGAAAUCAGGUAUAACUCUAAAAUCUGAAGGCAAAGAGUUCUGUUGGAAUGUUGGGGAAUCAUUAAUGCAUAGGUUGGAAACUGAGGGCAUUGCCAAAGAAGUCUUCCCGCUGCAUGAUGAGCUGGAGAGGAAGAAGCUCUUCAGAACAUGGGCACUGAAUUGGUGGGACUUUACAAAUCAGCCAAUUGAUGAGAUAUAUUCAUAUUUUGGGACAAAGAUUGCAGUCUAUUUUGCUUUCCUGGGAAUGUAUACACGCUGGAUAAUGUUUCCAGCUGUACUGGCUCUGAUUGUGCAGUUGGUUGAUUUUGGAUCCUUGCAGUUAUUGGCGCUUCCUGUUUUCCUGAUAAGCAUAAUACUGUGGGCUGUGUUGUUUAUCCAGUUUUGGAAACGAAAAAACUUUGCCCUGUUAGCAAGAUGGAAGAUAAAUUAUUCCGUUACCUCCAGCCAGGGAUAUAGAUUUUUGGGCAUGGAGUGGAGUUCCCAGCAGUCUUCUAUGGAACUUGUAAAAACAUUGGGGAACGAUAAGUCUAAAGAGAAGGAAGCAUAUCAAAGAUAUGAAUGGCUUGUGCAUCUCAAGCGAUUUAGAAAUGACGCUUUAUUUAUCUUGAGUCUUAUCUGCCUGCAGCUCCCGUUCGAAUUGGCUUAUGCACAUCUUUAUGAAGUCAUCGGGUCUGAUGUUCUAAAGUUUGGGUUGACAGCCAUUUAUCUUUUUAUCAUUCAGUAUCUUACACAGAUUGGGGGAAAAAUAUCAGUCAAGCUGAUUAAACGUGAAAUCGACGAAAAUACAGAACAUAGGGCAGACAGCUUGAUCUACAAGGUGUUUGGUCUUUUUUUUAUGCAGUCAUAUAUUGGGAUUUUCUACCAUGCUCUUUUGCAUAGAAACUUCUCAACGCUUCGCCAGGUCUUGAUUCAGCGUUUGAUAAUCUCUGAGGUUUUGGAGAACUUGUUGGAGAACUCUUUACCUUACCUAAAAUAUAGUUACAGGAAAUAUAGAAUUAGAAAUAAGAAAAAAUGGGAGAAUGGAUCAUCAACUGGGAAGAUUCAAUUCACGUACAGGGUGGAGAAAGAGUUCCUGAAACCUGCAUACUCUGCAAGCAUUGGUGAGGAGCUGGAAGAUGGACUAUUUGAUGGUAAUAUGUAUACAUAUAUUUUUUCUGGGAUAUGGGAUUGUGGGGGGCAAGUGGUUAUUCGAAAUCCUUGUGGGAUAAAAAGUCUUUCACCGUUCCUUUUUGUUGUCGGAGGCUUUUCUCUGCCAGAGCCCUCAUCAGCUUAUGUUUGUGAUUGGAGUACAGUCAUUCAAAUGUUCAGUGUCCCUAACAAAUGUCUUACUGAUACUGGUACUUAUUUUUUGAAAUUCAAGUUCUUGAUAGUGAUGUCAAUAUGCACCAACUCUGCACUGCUCGUAUGCUUAUACGACCAGGAGAGGAAGUGGAAAAUAGAGCCUGGAUUGGCGGCAAUUCUUAUAAUGGAGCACGUCCUCUUGUUGAUUAAAUUUGGAUUCUCCCGUUUUGUUCCCGAGGAACCUGCGUGGGUGCGAGCCAACAGGGUGAAGAAUGCAACACAGGCGCAAGACAUGUGCUCUAAACAGCUGUUGAGAAGCAUUUCUGGCAGAGAAAAGACCUUGUUGAAUAAACUUAAUUGAGAAGACAACAUUUCGUCGGCAGUCAAACACAUCAUACUGCGGUUGCAACUCAGAGAAUUUUGAUUAGGAAAUUUUCGUUUUGUUCUGUUUGAUUCUUUCUUUUUUCUUCUGUUUUAAUUUCCCUUUCCCCUCACUUGUUGGUGGGUAGUUUAGUGUUGUGUAAAGCACCUGGUUCUUGUUGUUGUAUUCUUUUGAGAUAAAGUAAUGGGAAUGAAGCUUGGUCGGUAAAAUCGAAAA